GGGGUAACACUUGAAGUUGAAGCCUCAAGAAAUGAAUGCUUGGCGUUAAGAUUAUACUUCAGGCUCGAGGAGCUUCGGUGAAAUGUAAAAUCCGCUGGCAGUGGACAUUGUCUUGUUGUAUCACACGGAUUAGGGAAACAGACGGUGCUGCACAAGAGGCCGCAGAGCGCUGUGUUUACAUUGCGACACCGGGGUGGGGCUCUGAGAGCUUCCUGCUCCCUUCAGGCCAGCGCGAGAUCACACGGAGCUGCCUGUCACGCGCGAUGUCUGCCGCAGACUGGAAGCAGAGGUGCGAGACUGAGUGGGGUCUACAGGGCGCCCCCAUGCCCGACGCUGUGGACUGGAAGUCCGUGUACGAAGCCAAGCCCCUGGGACGGAACCUGCUGAAGAACCCCGCACCUUUCGGGUUUAGCAAGGACAGCCCUCCACCUGAGCCCGAGCUGCCUGACGUGCCCCCAGGUGGACCCCCCCGCUUUCAGCCUGACGGAGACUUUGCUGGCUGGACCACGAGCACAGAGGUUCUGCCGUAUGACACCAGCGGCAUCCCAGAGGGCGUGGUGGUCUGUGCGCUGCCUCGGUAUAGCUGGUUCACCUUGGAGCAGGUUGUGGACCUGAAGGCAGAGGGACUGUGGGAUGAGUUGCUGGAUACUUUUCAACCUGAAAUAAUCAUUCAAGACUGGUAUGAGGAAAGUCAGGUGCAUGACACCAUCUACCAGCUGCAUGUAAAGCUGCUGGGUUCAGACAAAACAACGGUGAUUUCAGAGCACUCAGCUAAUCCCACAGAGGACCGGAGUGUGUACUCCCACAACUGGAAGGAGGUGUCUCAUGUGUUCUCUAACUAUGGACCGGGUGUGAGAUACGUCCACUUCCAGCACAGACUGAAGAACAGCUUCCUCAAUGAUUUCUUCCCCACACUCUUCACUGGCACCUCUGUAAUUGUGAAACCAGUCAAAAGCAGUUCAUAGGUUUACACUCCCAAUGGAGAGCUAGUUGUUGAAGUCAGCUGAACUAACCAGUGUGAUCAGCAAGUGAUGUCAGAGUGCUUUUCCAAAUAACAUAAUAAAGGGUUGGCCUAUGCUGCGCAGUUUU